AGAAUUAUAUCUAAAUUUCUGCUUAUCAAUAUUAGGGUUUUCUUCUUGGUGCAGUUUAUUCCCCUUCCUUCUAGAUAAAGAUGUAUUUCUAAUUUGGAUAAUUAUGAGUUUCUAGCUUCUACAAGUACAAAAAAAACGUUAAGACAUGAGUGAGAAUUAUAAACUUGUACUAUAUCAAGAUUAGGGUUUUCUUCUUUUCGUGCCGUUUAUUCUCGAGAAAAAAAAAUGGCCGAUAUAGACAGGAUCAGUGAGUUGCAUGACGACUUGCUGUUGAAGAUAUUGUCUCAAGUCCCAACAAAGAAGGCAGUGACCACCAUGGUUUUGUCUAAACGAUGGGGUUUGGUCUGGACGAUGGUGCCUAAACUCAAGUACAAGGAUACAAGGAAAGAAGGGGAUAAGAGCGUUUGGUGCUUAAUCAACAAGUCUUUGCAGCUCCACAAAGCAUGUGUACUAGAAAGCUUGUGUAUCCAAGUUAAUCAUCAGUUCUCCAAGGCUGAAGAUGUGGGAAAAUGCGUCUCAUACGCUGUUGACCACUGCGUUCGAGAGCUAUCUCUUGACAUAUCAUCUCUAUCCCAGAUCGUACUACUACCACCAAACGUUUACGCUUCAAAAACGCUAGUGGAAUUGAUUCUAGCAGGCCACAGACUCGUCGUGGAUGUUCCUUCCCUACCUUGCCUCCCCUCGCUUCAGAAGCUGAUCCUUAUCUGUGUGAUGUAUAAAGAUCAAAACUCUCAUGUUAGGCUUCUAGAGAAUUGCCCUGCUCUCAGACAUUUGGACGUGUUACGCGACAUGAGUGACAAUGUGUCAAGGUUCAUUGUGAAAGUUCCUUCUUUAAAUAGUUUUACAUACAUGCAAACUGGCUUAAUUGGAGAUUCUGGUACGUCCUUGGUUUUAGACUCCCCUGGAUUACGAAAACUUAGUUUAUAUGAUCAUGGUUUGAUCAAGAAUAUGCCUCACCUUGACAGCGCUUCUGUUUCUCACUCUGUUCAUCAAACAAAUGACAAGUUUCUGAAAUAUUUUUCCUCGGUUGCAUAUUGUAGCGCCAUUAAUUUCCCUCGGCUCAUCAAGUUUAAGCUGCAUCUUAGUUGCUCAAAUUUAUCAAACAGUUCAUUAGAACCGCUUUUUCUUUUCCUACAUAACUCUCCUAUACUAAAAGUUCUUACGAUCAGCUGUGAUCCCGCUCUUGGCUCCAAGGAUCUCCCACUUUCGUGGAACCAACAAAGUUCUGUACCGGGAUGCUUGCUGUCCCAUCUCGAGAUCUUUGUGUGGGAAAAGUUUGGAGGAAGAAGAAGACAAGAGAGAGAAUGUGUGGCGUACAUCCUAGCAAACUCAAAGUGUUUAAAGAUGGCGAGAAUCUCUCCGAUAUGUUCCGACAAUCUGGAGGAGAAGGAGAAGAUGGUGGAGGACUUAAAAUCUAUGUAUAGGGUUUCAGCAUCAUCUCAGCUGGAAACCCCAUUAAGGGUAACGACUUAAAAGAAAUAAUAUUCUCUCUUCUUCUGUGGUUUAUCAUGCUAACUACCAGCUUCAUAUGUUUGUGCAUGGUCUUUUGCCAUAUUUUCAUUUAUUUAAUAUAUGACUAUA